ACCGGCCAACUACCAGACAUACGAUUCACAGUGAGGACACUUGCAGUGGGUUUGUUUUAUAGGUCAGAGGGAAACGAGUGGGUGGAGUUAAUGAAGCGACGACGCAGAUAGAAUGAGACAAAAUCCCGCGACAACAGCCCAUAUAACCAAGAGUUAUGUUAUGUUCACCCGCUGCAGGUUAUCCAUGAUAGACUCGUGAAUGAAUGGGUCUUUGGUCCUGCUCUUCCGCGUCAUUUACACCAGGUGAGGCUCAUUAUCUGUAGACGAUCUUUGAUGGCGGUUGACAGAUGGAGGACCAGGAAGCUGAGCAGGGGGAACCGUGUCGGCCUCUGUCCCAGAACAGCUGUAUCAAACAUGAACCCAGGAAGAACUUGUAACGGGGAGAGACGCGUCUGCGGCUGUUGGUGAGACAGCGCGGCACUUCCGCCUGCGCUCACAGCGACACACCGAGAAGCAUGUCUGCGUCCUCCGCUGUCAAAAAGAAGCACGUUCGGUUUGCCAAGUUGGAGGAAGACGACGUCGACGAUGGGCAGGAGGAUGAGGAGGAGGAGGAGGAGGACACCCUGUUCGACCAGAGGAAGGACACCGGGCCCGGGCCCGGGCUGAAGAGCGCGCUGAAGGCCGUCAGGAGGACGGCCAAACCGGGCUGCGAUGCCCGGGUGCAGGUGGUCGGCGGACGGAGGGGCGGGUACGGCGCGUGCGGCCGCUGGAUGGUCACCCUGGUGCUCUGCGCCUCCUUCCUGGGCUUGGGGAUGGGCAUCUCCGUUCUCGGCCCCACCUUUGAGGACCUGGCUGUGAACGUGAAGAAGAACAUCAGCAAUAUGUCCUAUAUCUUCGUAGGCCGCUCCAUGGGGUACAUCGGAGGGUCCCUCGUCGGAGGCCUUCUCUUUGAUUGCAUGAACCCCCACCUCCUGCUUGGUUUAUCCAUGUUGGUCACAGCACUUGGAAUGUGUGCCAUCCCUUUCUGUGUGCAGGCCAUGGUCCUCACCGCGCUCAUGUCCAGUAUCGGGAUGUCUAUGGGUGUCCUGGACACAGGUGGUAACGUGCUCAUAUUGGAGACGUGGGGCCAGCAGGCGGGCCCUCACAUGCAGGCGCUGCACUUCAGCUUUGCAGCUGGGGCCUUUGUGUCCCCGAUUAUAGCCAAGCUAAUGUUUGGUCUUGAUGGGAACAGCAGCAUGGGAGCCACAGCCACCGACUCCACACCUCCUGCAAACACAGAACAAAUCACCAGCGUCCCUGAUACUCAGAGAAUUAUCAGCUUCAUCCACAGCAGGAGCAGUACACUCAAAUCCACAUGGGCCUACAUUGUGAUAGGCUCUUUCAUUGGUCUUAUCUCGUUUCUCUUCUUCAUCCUUUACACUUGCAUCAGCACUUCACGAGACAAAGCUCGCACGCCGUCAGGAAAGCCCCUGGUGGCUAAACACCACACGGCUCUUGUCGUGCUGCUCUUCUUCUUCUUUUUUGGCUACGUAGGUGCUGAGGUGGCAUACGGUUCCUUCAUCUUCAACUACGCCAAGGACUACGCACACAUGCAACAGUCGCAGGCGGCCUGGCUGAAUUCUUUGUUCUGGGCAGCGUUUGCUGCCUUCCGAGGGUUUUCCAUCUUCUUCGCGGCCUGCGCGUACCCGGGCACCCUGAUUCUCCUCAACUUGGUGGGCUGCACCCUCUCCUCCCUGCUUCUCUGCCUCUUCAGUAGGGAGAAGGUGGCCUUGUGGAUUUGCACUGGUCUCUAUGGAGCCUCAAUGUCCACUACUUUCCCCUGUGGCAUCUCCUGGAUGGAGCAGUACACCACGGUGACCGGAAACACAGCAGCAGUGUUUGUGGUGGGUUCAGCAUUAGGUGAAAUGGUGCUGCCUGCACUUGUAGGCUUCUUGGGGAAGUUCUACCAUCACCCCCUGCUGAUGUACAUGUCGUUCAUCACCGCCACCUUUACCUCCAUCCUCUUUCCUGUCAUGUACAAGCUGGCCUCUGCCCCCAGCGACCAGAGCAGGACACCCCGCAGUGUGGGCCGACCGGAAGCCGACGACAGCGAAUUCCGCAAGGCCCUGCUGGACCCUGGAGCCAACGAUGAAGACGAGGACGACCCGGACAACGAGGCAGAUAAGUGGAAUGAUGCAGACUUUGAGGUGAUUGAGAUGGACGACACAGCGAGCCUUGUGAAUUCGCCCAGCAAGGCUUCAUCUCCCCCUGAUGUCACCAGGGUGGGAGGGAGCUCUGCUGCUCGUCACCAGGUGACGGAGCCCGACCCCCUCUGUCUGGUGGGAGACUCCCCCCGACAAGAGCUGCUACUCCCUGACAGGGAGAAGAGAGACUGAGCUUUCCUCCUCCUGUAGCAGAUGUCUGGACCGUUCACAGUGCAGUGUAUGAAAGGUUGAACUCCACUGUGACACUAUGAUGUUUUAAUGUGAAGGGUUCUGUGUUGGCCUGAUGCCUUCCACAGCGGGGUCAAAGGUCAGGGUAGGCUGUGGAACAGAAGCCUUCGGGCUGGUAGGAAUUCAGUGCCUUGCUCAAGGACGCGUGAGCGGAGUGAACGAGUUUAGUCAGGGAAGCUCGUCCUCUUCAUUAUCCUCCUGCUGCCAUUAACUAAAUUUAAUUUUGCACUUCUGCUGUGAUUGUGUGACAGUUUAAGAUUUUUUAUUUAAAAAAAUAUAUAUUUUAUACGUGUAGCGCCAAAUAAUACACAUCUCAAGGCACUUUACAUAGUGAGGUCGAGACUUCACAAUAUUACUGAGAAACCCAACAGCUCCCACAAUGAGGAGCUCUAAGACUGUUGAGGAGAAAAAAGUGGAAGAAAAUCUUUAAUAAUACUGACACUUAAAGAUGAAAGGUCCUGCAGCUCUGGGAAGAUUGAGAUAUAGAUCAGAUUUUUAAUGGUUUCACCUGUUUAAUGUUUGGUUGGUUGUCAGGUAGAAGGACGGAACAUGGGUCAGGAUAGAACUUGUUAAAUUUUGGCGUAUCCACAAAUUCUUUUCAGCACUUUUCUUGAAGUGAUUGAAGGCGAUUUUUUUUACAUUUUCAGAUAUCCCAGGGAAUAAUUUAGUGCAGUGAUAUCUAUGAGUGUGUUCAAUUUGAAUUUCAGUUAAGACUGUUGGGCCUUGGUCUGUAUUCUACUGAGUGAUUUUCUAGUUGUUUUCGUUAUCUCCUGUAAUGUGUCAUGAGUCUUUAAAUCAUGUGUUGUGAUUUGAUGAAGUUAAAAAAAAAAAGACUCACUGAAUAAAUACAAUUACUUUUUAUUAUAUCAAUCUCAAACCUCCACCCACAGCAAUGUCCAUUAAAAACACAAAAACA